AUGUACUAUGUACGAUUCUAUACCAACCCACCCAAACCGACCCGAAACACAGAAAGCCCAACACAAAAUAGCGCUCAAACCCGCGACCAAGUCCAACAGAAGAGCCGGUCUUGGGUAUACAAGUUCACUAUACAUCUCAUCUCUUAUAACCUGGAGAUUGGUCUGUUCGAUGGAACAGCGGUAUACGUACAUCAUGCAGUCAUUGCCCGCGGAUAG